GCCACAUAUCAAGUAUGUUGUGAGGGAAGUUGACAAGCCAUCCUAUCUAAAAACCUCCAAUCGAAAAACAGUAUCUUUCAGCAACACAUUUCCGACGAAUUGUCAAAAGUAUGUUCUUCGCACCAAGACUGCUGUUGGUGCUCUGUAGUGUCUACUUUGGAGAUUGUUCUAAGCUUGUAGUAAUUCUGAUGGACGGAUUCCGUUGGGAUUAUUUUGAUAACAUCGACAUGCCUGGAUUCGCUGACAUGGCUAAAGAUGGAGUGAAAGCAGAAUAUAUUGUACCUGACUAUCCAUCGAUAUCGUAUCCAAAUUAUUACUCUAUCAUGACAGGUUUGCAUUGCGAAUCCCACGGAAUGGUAGGGAAUUUCAUGUAUGAUUCAGUCAGAGACAAAAACUUCUUGAUUGGCCUGAAUCCAGACCAAAGUUUACCAUUUUGGUGGGACGAUGCAGAACCGUUAUGGGUGACUGCGGAAAAACAGGGGAAAAAAUCCUACAUGUUUUACUGGCCCGGAUGUGACGCCAGAAUACGAGGAGUUGUUCCAACAUACUGUGAAAAGUAUACUCGCGCUACACUUCUUCCAGACUUUGAAUACUCCCUUCAGCAGACUUUAGGACUGCUAGCAAAUAAUUCAGCCGACAUGAUAGGGAUAUACUUAGAAGUAUUGGAUUUAUAUGGACAUCGUUAUGGAGUAAACUCAGUCGAAUUAAACAAUAUGCUGGCUGACGUUGACAAGACUUUGCUUGAUUUCCGGAGAAAUUUGUCAUCCCUUGGCCUCAAUGAUGACGUAAACAUUGUGAUUUUCUCAGAUCAUGGAAUGGUGAAUAUUACAAAGAUCGUCAAUAUAACUGACAUCUUAAAUAUUUCCGAUAUCAAAAUCAUCUUUCAAGAAUCGUCUUUUUUAACAAUCUGGCCAGUGGUGGGACAGGUUGAUAAGGUCUAUAAGGAUUUAGUGAGUGCAGGCAAACCCAACAUUACAGUCUACAAAAAAGAGGCUCUUCCUGACCGUUAUCACAUACGAGGCCACCAACGAACGGCCCCCAUUGUUAUAGAACCAGACAAAGGUGUCGCAGUGGUCUCCCCUUGGAAGUGUAGUGAAUGCUCUGUUAUACCUACAGGAACCGCGGAUAAAGGUAUACAUGGAUACGAUAAUUUAAUUCCAGAAAUGAGGGCGAUUUUUCGGGCUACUGGACCAGCAUUCAAGAAGAACUAUACAAAUGCACACUUGGCCAAUAUUGAACUUUACCAAAUAAUGUGUAACGUUCUAGGAAUAAAGCCAAAUAAUCACAAUGGAACUUGGAAUAAUGUGGUGAAUAUGAUGACAAAACGUACAGCAUCAAGUGGGUUUUCCGCCCACCCCUUUUCAAUGUUAGUGCUUUUUAUAGUAAUUACAUGUAUUUACGGAGUAUAGAACUUUCUGUUACAGCAGCUUAUUGUUUGACCUUGUUUGACCUUCCAAUGUUACAUAUCCUUGUUGUUUCAUCUUUCAAUAAACUGUACGAGUAUAGAACUUUCUGUUAGAGUAGCUUAUUGCUAGACCUUCUAAUAAACUGCAAUCAUGUGA